GGCAGGACUCGGGAGCUGCAGGAUCGUCACCUCCGCUGCUAGGGGAGAAGUGGGGGGAGGGGUCAAGUCUUGGACAGGAGGGGGACAGCUCUCAUCCCGAAUUUCCACCGCCCGCCAAAAACGAAGCCAAGAUGCUACACUGGAGGCUGCUGGGGGGAGAUGAGAAAGCUCAGCUUCAGGAACUCAAUGCCCGCCUCUACGAGUAUGUGUCCCGGGUGAGGCAGCUGGAGCAGGAGAACCAGCAGCUCUUGGACGAGCUGCAUAACCGGAGAGGGGAAGAGGACUGGUGGGCGGCAUGGCAGGGGCGCUACCAGGCGGAGGUGAGCAGCCUGAGGCGGCAGCUGGAGGAGCUUAGCUGGGACAAGUCCCUGGCCGAGGGGGAGCGGGACAGCCUGUGGCACGAGCUGCAGGAGCUGCGGAGGCUGAGCGGGGAGGCGCGCGCGGUCCGGGGCCAGCUGGACGCCGAGCUGGACGCGGAGCGGCAGCAGCUGAAGGAGGCCCUGGGCUCCCGGGCGGCCCUGGAAGCGCUGCUGGGCCGCCUGCAGGACGAGCACCAGCGCCUGCUGGAGGGGCACGCGCGGGACGUGCGGGAGCUGCGGGAGCAGGUGUCCACCUUCUCCAUGCGAUUCCGCGCGCGCCAGCCGCCCCGGGAGCCCCAGCUCGAUCUGCAGGAGGUGCACGACAGCUACGCCCUCCUGGUGUCCGAAUCCUGGCAGGAAACUUUCCAGUUGUACCAGGACAAGGUGCGCGAGCUGGAGGACAAGGUGAGGCUGGGGCAGGAGUGUCGGCAGGAGGCGGAGGAGGAAAAGAGGCUCUGCCAGCUCGAAGUGGAGUCCCUGCACCGAGAGGUCCAAGAGUUGGACCAGCUGCGUCGCAGGCUGGAGGAAGAGCUCCUGAGGAUGAAGGAAAAGUACGACCUGGAGAUGGAAGAGAACCAGAGAGUAAUCGACUUCCUGGAAGAUGAAAAGCAGAAUUUGACCAUGACCCUCACAGAUCGACUAAAGGACUACCAGGAACUAUUACAAGUGAAAACAGGCCUUAACCUUGAAGUUGCAACUUACCGAGCCUUAUUGGAAGGAGAGAGUAAUCCGGAGAUACUGGUAUGGACUGAGCACAUACAGAAUGUUCCACGAGAAGUCAGGAAUACAUCAUGCCAGUAUACCAAUUCCAUAUUACAAAGAGAGAACAAACGGAAUAUAUUCUCCAGGGAGAAAGUAAUCUCACCAAAUAAAAACAUUUCAAAUCGAUCAACAUUCUUUGGACCCCAGCCUACAAGAGUAACUGGAAGUGCUCCAAGAAAAGAUUUCCUGGGUCCAAGCUAUUCUUCCUCUUCCACUCUCAGACAAGAAACUUCAUAUGAAAGAACCACAAAAGAUCACAAUGAGCUCAGAACGCUUCCUACAACACAUGGCCUUUUAAGAAGUUCAGAACCUCAGGUGAAAGUGAUUCCUGAUGGACAGAAAACAGAAAGUAGAAGUAGUAUCACCACAUAUUUAACCAAAGAAUCAACAAGUGCUCAAAGACCGAGCCACCAACAGAAAGACAUAAGGAUGAGUACAUCUGCAAGCACUCUUUCCCAUGAAAUGAAUGUUCUUCAGGGAAAGAAAACAGAGGAGAGUGUGUCUACAGAGGAGAGAAAACAUAAAAUAGAACUGACUAAACCAAGACAAGAAGAGAAAAUGUUUGACUCUAAAGAAAAGGCUUCUGAGGAAAGAAAUUUAAGAUGGGAAGAAAUGACUAAACUAGAUAAGGAAGCAAGAGAGAGAGAAAGUACACAGUUGAAGGGAAAGGCAAAAGGAGGUGAAUCAACCAAAGAGAGAACUACAAUAUUUGGAGAGAAAAAGCAAAUACAGAUACCUGUUAGCUUUGAGGGGCAAGGGCAUGGAAAAGCAGCACAAGAUGACAAGGUAGAAUUAUCAGUAAAAGAUGUACAAACAUUUCAAAAAGAAGGUGCCGAUGAUAGUAAAACCGAAUGGACAGAUGAGAGAGGGUUGAAGUUCAAAGUGGAUACCAGUGAUGCUGUUGAUUCCACCAAAGAUUCCACAAGAAAAACCAUAGCAGAAAAUAUUGUUUCCAGUAUUCUUCAGCAGUUUGUGCAGCCUUCUGACUUGGAGACAUCUGCUGGUCCUUCUCUGGAUACAAAAGUCACUUACAUGGAAAGGAAAGAACUUCCUGGUGAGGGGAAGGCAAAGACUGAGAUUAUUGUGGAGUCUAAAUUGCUUGAAGAGAUAGAUGUUUCAGAUGAAGAUAGCCUGAAGCAUCUGUUAAGCAAGGGUGCUAAGGAAGUAGAGAUUAAAGGGAAAUCAGCAGAAAGCAUGAUAGGAGAUAUAAUAAAUCUUGGCUUGAAAGGAAGAGAAGGAAGAGCGAAAGUAGUUAAUGUCGAGAUUGUUGAAGAACCACUAGCAUAUGUAACUGAUGAGAAGGCUGACUUUUCAACGCCAUUUGAGGUAGAGGAAGUAGAUGAUGUCUCUUUAGGGUUUGAGAGGCAUUACAGUGAUGAGGAAGGUGAUGAAGAAACAAGUAUCUCCUCAGGGAAUCAAUUUAAAAAGACAAAGCAGCCUCAUCAGAACGUAACUCACUUUGAAGAAGUAACUGAAGCAGAUGACUCCGAAGGAGAGCAGAGAUACUUUGUUUCUACUCCAGAUGAAUACUCUGGGAGUUAUGACAAAGAUGAAGAUUCUGUGUAUGGGCAAAUUCAUGUUGAGGAAGAAUCAACUAUCAAGUAUUCUUGGCAAGAUGAAAUUUCACAGAGCACAGAGAAAAGGAGAAAGAGAAGUAAUUUGCCUGGAGAUGAAUUUUCAAGCACAUCAGAAAUUUUUUCUCCAGAAGAGGAUAUAGAUUCCAGUCACCAGAAGGAACACCCAAAAGGUGAUGAAUUGCAUUCUGAAUCCAUUGUCAUUGAAAAAGAAAUUAAAGUACCCCGUGAAUUCCAGACCUCGAUUAAGGAACUCUCCUCCAAAGAUCCCAAACAUCAGCUGGUAGAGACAAUUGAACAGCUGGAAGAGAGCCUUCCUGAAAGUGUGAGAGAGGAGCUAUCUGUCCUCACUAAGGAGAGUCAAGGGGAUGAUGGCAAUAUUUCAGUUAAAAAAUUUGAGAAAACCACUGAUGGCAGAUCAGUCACGAUUGUUGCUGAAGUCAACCUCUCGAAAACCCUUGAUGCAAAUCAGUUUGAUUUGGAACAACUAAGUAAAGAGAACUCUAGCAAAGUAGAGAAAAUAUUACAGUCAGCAGUUCUAGAUAGUUUUGAAAAACACCAAGCCCAGGAACCUGAAAGCCCAGAUAGUAAAAAUGGUAUAGAAGUUUCUGGUUCCAGUGUUAAAUCCAAGCGUUGGGCCAGUAGAGAAAUGUACAGUUCAUCUAGUGACAGAGACGGUGGUGGUGGAGAACAUUAUACUGCUGAACACGUUUUUUGCCAAGGUCCAGUUUCUGCAACUGUGGAAGUUAGCAGUCCAAGAGGUUUUGCUCAAUCACAUGUCUUAGAGGACAUAAAUCAGUCUGUAAGGCAUAUUAAAAUAGGCCCCACUGAAAUUCGGAGGACAGAGCAAAUCUUUUAUGAAGGACCCACUUCAAAAGUGGUAGAGAUGGAUGUGACUAAUAGAGAAGAAACCCCCAGCACUGCUAGAGGCACACGAGAAACUACCAUAUUGUUUCCCUCAAGAAAGGAAGCAAAAGUUCACAUUGCAUCUGAUGAUGGUGACUGGAGAGACAGUGAAAGCAAAAAGGACAAAGAAGCAAGUGUGACUUUUCAGGUUUCUGCUGCUCAAGAUAACCAGGCUUAUGGUGAACAAGUCACAGAGAAGGCUAUGUUUGAUAAAACAGUACAGCUGCAGAGAAUGGUAGAUCAAAGGUCAGUGAUUUCUGAUGAAAAAAAAAUUGCUCUCCUCUAUCUAGACAAGGAGGAAGAGGAAGAGAAUGAUGGACAUUGGUUUUGAAAAUUCAAACAGAUUGAGUUUUAAUAGCAUCUUAUACACUACCUUAACCCACACACUAAUAGUUUAAAUUAACUUGUUUUUCAAAGGUAUUCAGCAGUUGGGAUUGCUGAUCCUAAAUGCUUUUUGUUGCACAAAUUAAUUAAAAAAGAGAGCUCCAGACACUUUAAAUUUACUUCAUCGACCCCUUCAUGGAGGAGUCAUAUUAAUAUGUAGCAUACUUUGAAAUUUUGAGAAUUUUGAAAAAAAGACUUUAUUUCUCUAAUCUUUAAGAGUUUUUUUUAGCUGGAGUUUUCUGUCCAUUACCUGAGACAGUUUAUCAGUUUUGUCCUUGGCCAUGGAAAUGUCAGACAUCUAUUUAAAUGAAAAGCUCUUAUCUAUAAGUAAGAUGCUUAAGAGUAACUAUAUUGAAAUAACAUUUAAGGGUUAAUUCAUUUGCAUGUGCUAAUAUCAUAUAAGCUAACAUUCUAGGGGAAAAUAGACAAUUAGCUUGAGUCUCUUUGCGAGAGACAACACUGCACUUUUAGGCUUAGCGCAGACAGUUUUACAGAAAAAGAAUUAUGACUAUAAAUUGCUAUUGAGUUCAGAAUUUUCAGGAAAAUACUUAAUUUGCCAUGAAAGGAAAAUUCUGUUCUAGAAUGUGAACCAACAGAUUUCAAUUUUCCUUACUUAAAAAAAUGUCAUAUUUAUUUAUAGAGUGACCAACUAAAUAUUCUAUUACAAUAUUUUUAGUCAGUAUGCCUGCUCUUUAUUGUAAAGCUUUAAGGAAUUAAUACUAGAAAUGUGUAUAAGUUAUAGUGUUUGGGGUGUUCAGGGAGCAUAAAGACAGUCAAGAUGUUUAUUUUCUAGCUUUGUGCUGCCAGUUCUGUAAUAAUCCUAACAUAGGAAAAGCUCAGUUGAAGUCAUAUUAUGCUUGAACUUCUCUUUACUUUUAUGAAGUCAUAGAUCCUCACAUCAACACCAACAAACAUUUACUAAGCAUCUAUUUUGUGCAAGGUCAGGGAAGACAGAUGAACAAAACAUGGUGCCUGCACUCAAGGAGUUGAUAAUCUAGUUAGUUAAUUCAAUUCAACUCAUCAAACACACACCAGGGAUAUAAGAGGUCUACUAUAGAAAGUGCACUAGUUUUGGAAUUGGGAGGCCAGGGUUCAGUUCUCUAUUCUGCUACUUCUUAGCUAAGCAACCUUCAGCAAGAGAUGUAACCUCUGUAAAUUUCAGUUUUAUCAUCUAUCAAAUGGAGAUUGUAUGUACCAACUAAAAGGAUUUUUGUGAGGAAAAGACUUUGAAGUAGAACAUGCUAUGUAAAUGUGAGUUAUCACUAUUAUUUUUGUAGAAGGAAGUUUGACUGUGCUGCAGCCAAAUGAUAUUAAUGAUAUUAAUCUAAAAGGUAUAUGAUAUGAAUCUAUAAUAUGACAUCAUAUGUAAUAUGAUAUAAAUCAUCCUAAUGUGGAAACCAAACAUUAGGUGAAAGGUCUGCAGUGUAGUUGUAAAAAGUAAAAUAUUGUACCUUAAAGAAAUGACAGUCAAAUGGCAAACCUCUUUCAAUACCAUUACUCAGAUCUUUCCUUUCCAAACUCAAAGAUGAGUAAGGAAUAGAAAUCAUUGGUGGAGAUUUUUGUACUUUGAGAAGAAAUAAAUAGUAAUUAUGAAUUUUGUUCAAGAAAGUAAAUAACUUAUGUUAAAAACUUUUUAAAAAAAAGUGUAUGUGGAGGGGGUGGUGUCGGUAGGGGAGACAUUGGCAGCAGCUUCUAGAUCACCAUGCACUAAACUCACUGGGGCUUGACACAGUAGGAUGGAAAAUGCUCCACGCUACACUGAAGAGAUGUAUAUGCAUACAAAUAAUAUGUAGUAGAGAUAAGGAUAUGAUAAUCACCGAGUUUUUAUUGGAUCAGCUUUUAUCAUAUGCUCUAAUGAUAUGAUUUCAAAGCUGCUUUCUUUACAGGUACAAAGGUAUCUCAUAAAAUAAUGUCUCGAGCAGCACGAGUUGUAAUAUCAAGAAAGACAAUCAACGUUUUAGGCAAGGAGGCAGGCUGCUUUUUCCUUAUGUUUCCUAUGCCUUUUGCAAUGGUUCCAUGUAACUGUAAGUAGUAAGACAUUAGGAUAAAGUGCUAAAGGCAAUUUCAACUUCAGUGCCAAAUUAUCUUGAGUUUUGGUUGUAAUUGCAUUUCAAAGUGGAUUUACCAUCCUCAAAUAUUUUAAUCUAAAAUAUGUCUAUAAUCAUAGAAACCAAACUUUUAAUUACUGUAAGGUAUCCUUUUAGAACCAUUUUUUUUUGGCAGCUGAAACAGAUAAGAUUUAUGAAGUUAUUUAUCCUAACCUUCACAUUAUGGAGAGAUACACAUUAAAUGGAGCCUAGCUUUUAAGAUGGUCUGGCUUUUUUUUUGUAAUAGCCCUCUCUGUAUGAAUGGAAGUAGAGAAAGGUGGGUAAUUACUUUGAAUUGCAGUGUUUUAUUGCAUUCUUUUUCUUUGGCAUAGAAUCAUAGGAUUUAGAGCUAGCAAGGACCUUAGAGACCAUCAAGUUCAACCCCAGGCCUAGGAAAGUCAAAUGACUUGUCAGAUGUCACCCAGGUGGUGAAGCAGUAGCAGAGCUGGAAUUAGGAUCAGAAACUGCAUCUCCCAACUUCAAACCCAGUGUGCUUUCCAUUUGGCCACACUGUCUCUCCCAUGGCCAGGAAUUAAAUGACAAUAUAGCUCAUUAUUCUAGAAUCGGUUCUCUGUUUCAAAUUUUUAUUUUAAAAGUGCGUGAGAAUCUUAGUUGUAGUUUGUACUAUUUAUGUAAUCAAAAUAUUGGUCAGAAUUCUUCAUGAAAUAUCUAUCAUGACAGUUUUAUUGCUAGGAGAGAUCAUUUCUGCCUUCAGCUUUUUUACUUACACAACUCUUUUAGCUGACCAUCUUCAAGGUAUAUGUUUAUUUUUAAGAUGACACAGACACAGUUAGUUAUUCUCUUUUUCAAAGCAGACUUUUAAAAAUUUAACAUUAUUCUUGAAGUUGAAAUACACUUUUCAAAGAAGUGAAAAUAUCCUUAAAGUGGCAGGGUUGGCAAUUUACAAGCAAAACAUGAAAUGUUACUGUUAUUUUGCCUUAUUACCUAGGAAUGCCUCAUGCCUAUUUUAACUAUAUGACUCCAUAAGACAAUAGCUUAGUGUAGCCAACACAAACACACCUGCGCAGUUUAUUCAGAAGAGCAGUCAAUUUCAUUAAACGCACACGUGAACACACAUAUACAUAAAAAUAAGUCAAGACUACAAUUCUGCGAAACACAACACUGGCUUAUGGAACUUUUCACUUUUCAAGGGAUUUAUCUGACACUAUGUAGACAUAAGCUAUGAUUAUUUAAAGUGUAACGUAAAAAAAAAAACACAAAAAAACUCUGAAGAGCAUGUUUAGAAACUGUUUUGCAGAUUAUCAGUUAUUAUGAGUCCUAUGUAUCCCUCUUCCAAUAUCAGAAGACCCUGGAUUCAGGUAGGGAAAAACACAUCAGGAGUGAUGAGACAAAUAAAAAUCUAAUACCAAACAGUAAAAGGACUCACUAGGCCCCAAAUUAGAAUGAGGUCAUUUAUGUUGAUAUCAAAGAGAAUGCUUUUCAAAGAUUUUUUUGUUCUUAUUGCUAUUUAAACUAUAAUUAAAGUAAUUUACUAAGUGCA